UCUCCAAGCCCUUGUGCGGGUGGGGAUCGCAGGGCGCUGACACGAGGGGCGCUGAGUCCCUCUGGGUAGCCCGCCUCCAUUGGGUCCGGGAACUGCUCCCCUGAGACUGCACAGCCCCCUCCUCUCCUCGCCAAGCAACCCGGGCCAGAAGGAAAGGUGGAGAGAGAAGAAGGUUCGGGAAGCGCGGCUGGGCGGCCCCUCAUCUCACCCCACCCCAACCCCCCCAUCCCCCUCCCACCCUCUCCCCGCCCCCAGGGCCGCAGGGCCCUCGCCCUCCUCCCGCGGGAGAUGGUCCGGGCCAAGUGGGCGCGUCCGGCCCGGGUCGCCGGGAUCUGGUGUCCGCUGCAGCUGGCAGUGCGGCGGACGAGGGCACCGGCACAGCCGCCGGCGGGGCCGGCUAUUAAUAACGCUCCGGGCGAGCCCGGGGUCGGGCAGUCAUGGCCAGUCCGGAACCCCUGCGCGGCGGGGACGGCGCCCGGCCUGCGAGGGAAACAGGCACAGAGGCCAGUUCUCUUCAGGACGCCAAAGCCCCGAAGGAGGCCAUGACUUUGACCCCAGAGGCUUCUCUAUCUUUGGAGGGAACUGUGAACCUAGAAGACAUUCUCUACCUGGGGGACUCGGUGGACUUUGAAGAGAGCCUCUACGUGGAAGAGUCUGAGAAGCCAGAGGAGACACUGUGUAUUGAGGAAUCGAGGCAGCCGGAGGAGGCUCUGGAUCUGGAAGAGCCGGUGAGUUCAGAGGAGCCCCUGUUUGUGGAGGAGCCUGUGAAACCAGAUGAGGUACGGUUGUCCCAGGAGCCUGUAGAGCCAGCUAAGAACCCAAGCCCGGAGCAGACUGCUUCUGAGGGAGAAAUGGUGGCCCCGGAGGAAAGCCUUCCUGCUCCACCGAUUCCCAGCACAGAGGAGGACCUCAGCAUGGAGGACCUGGAGCUGCUGGAGGGCCGUUUUGAGGAGUGUGUACAGGCUGUUUCCCAGUUGGAAGAGGAGAGGGACCAGCUUAUCCACGAGCUUGUGCUGCUCCGGGAACCUGCCCUGCAGGAGGUGCAGCAAAUCCACCAGGACAUCCUGGCUGCCUAUAAACUGCACGCCCAGGCCGAGCUGGAGCGGGAUGGGCUCAGGGAGGAGAUCCGGAUGGUGAAGCAGAAGCUGUUCAAGGUGACCAAGGAAUGCGUGGCCUACCAAUACCAGCUGGAGUGCCGCCAACAGGACGUGGCCCAGUUUGCCGAUUGCAAGGAAGCGCUGAGCACUCGGGCAGCCCAGCUCUCAGGAGAACUGACCCAGCUCCGCGACGCCUAUCAGAAACAGAAGGAGCAGUUGCAGCAGCAACUAGAAGCACCCCCAACCCAGAGCGAUGGGCACUUCCUCCAGGAGAGUCGGCGGCUGUCGACACAGUUUGAAAAUCUCAUGGCAGAAAGCCGCCAGGGCCUGGAAGAGGAGUACGAGCCUCAGCUGCUGCGGCUCCUGGAGAGGAAAGAGGCAGGGACCAAAGCGCUACAGGACACCCAGGCCGAGAUCCAAAAGAUGAAGGAGGCGCUGAGACCCCUGCAAGCCGAGGCCCGGCAGCUCCACCUUCAGAACAGGAACCUGGAGGACCAGAUCACCCUCGUGAGGCAGAAACGUGACGAGGAGGUUCAACAGUACAGGGAGCAGCUGGAGGAGAUGGAGGAGAGACAGAGGCAGUUACGAAGCGGCGUGCAGGUCCAGCAACAGAAGAACAAAGAGAUGGAGCAGCUGAGGACCAGCCUCGCUGAAGAGCUCUCAACAUAUAAGAACUCUUUAGAAAUGUAUGGCCGGGUAUGUAACCCAGAAACAACAAAGCAUUUGUAUCAUCAAAGCACCACCAGGGAUGGACCUUUCACGAAACAGGAAAGAGUGCCAGCAGCGGGCAAGCAAUUCAUCCUGUGAAAAUUGCCCAGAGAUUUUAGGGUUGGCUGGAAGCAUAAUACCAGUCAACUGGUAUUAAUCUGGAUUAUUUUCUGUAGGCUGCUAGUACUGAUCUUAAUGCACUGUGGGACGGGAAAUGAGCCUUUUCAUCCUUCAGCAGCACACUGGGUAUAACAGAUGUAUCACAUCUGGCAAUAUUGUGAAGAUUAUUUAUUGCUUUGUGCUGACCCAAACCAAGAACAUUCAAGGGGAAAAGUUGGGGUCAAAAGGCAGCCAAUCUUUGCUAUACAGAUCCACUACUUGAGUCCCUUUGAGCUAUGAGUAUUAGAUUUUAAAUGACUCUUUCACAAAGCUAUUUCCCCCUUAAUGUCUGCACUCAAAUAUUCACUCUUAAAACAGAGCCAAGAUAGCUAUUUUUUGUUUCUUUUUUUGACAAAAGACCUCACUUAUAUAUAGCCCUGAACUCAGAGAUCCGCCUGCCUCUACAGUACUGAGAUUAAAGACAAUGUUGAGUUUGUCUUUUUUGAGAGACAAUAUUUUCAAGUAGUCUAGGCUGGUUUCUAACUUGUUAUGUAGGUCAGGAUGACCUUGAACUUCUGAUCUUGCCUCUACCCCCAAUUACUAGGAUUACAGGUGUCCGUCCUUAGUGCUGGGGUUAAAGACCUGUGCCACCACAGCCAGCCAGCCCGACACAAACUAAAACGAUGAGAACAGGAACCACUUUGAAAUUGGACCAGACACUCCAUUAUUCAGCUUUAAAAAAAAAAAAAAUCAUCACUGGUUCUGGAGGCGACAGUCAUCUAGACAGUUCAAGCAAAAUCAGUCAUUUUAUCUGGUUUUUGCAUGUGCAAAGGCACUCAUAACCAACUCUUUAAAAGUAGGGGAUCCCAGUAAAAAACACUGGGCAGAUACAAGGUCUCUAACACCAGCCUCUUUCAAAUUUAAACUCUGCCUUAAAUUCUCUAUUAUACUGCCUUUGACAUCUUAGAAACUUGUGUAGCUCUUUAGGGAAGACUUCAAAAAUAUGUAAUUUUACCAAGACUA